UUGCUCGGUACGCAGUCGGCCGAUGUGUGAAGCAACAGUUUCCCUGCUCUGAACCUGGAGAGGAUCGCUUGGCGCGGCAACGCUGUUUACACCACGAUCGCUCGACCGCCUUAUUAAGCUGAGCUCUUGAUGAGCGAAGUGAGAGCAUAGCUACGAUCAUGUGCGACGCAACUUUCACAUUCGGUCAAAGAGGGAGCCACUUCUUUCAGUGCGCAUCGCGGCGCGAGAUCACUCGCAUACCCCAGAAACUGACAGCUUUCCUCUCAUCUUCUCAACUCCAACUGGUCUACCAUGUUGCACUUGGAUUUCAAGACAGCUUCCUCGUUACAUGGCGCGAUCGUAACGGCAACGACCGUAUAAACAGCAUAGGACUUCCGGAUGAGCUUACAGACUUUCUCUACAAUCGGAAUCCUCAAGGCCAGUUGAUUCGCAACAUCCCCGCCAUACGUUGUAUCCUGGGAGCUUAUAAUACUUCGUUCUUCGUUCACGACUCUUCCGCAUACCUGUGGAUGAGCAUACCAGAGGGCUUACUUACUGCCCUCCAAGCCCGCAUCAAGAACGGAUCUUGGGUGGAUAAGCCACGUAUUGUGGCACUUGGUGCGGACGAUAACUUCCUUUUGAUCACCGAGAAGAACGCAGCGAUUUGGGAUCUCGACAACUACAAGACAGUAUCCAACAUGCUCGAGUUCUCCCGAUCGCAAGAAAGGGGCAUUCAGGAGAUCCACGACAUUAGUCUGCACCCUUAUCGCUAUGGCUGCUUUGUUGCGCAAUCCAAGAACGGAACGUUGCUGCAUGAGGACUUGCCAGCUCACCAGGUGUCCGGGAUAACGAACAUGAUUGACCCAGUGCUGCGGGAUACGGAGCGCGCCGGAAAGAAGGCGAUGCAGCGAAGAGAAAGUGAGAAGCGGGAGAGCAUGCAAAGGAGGCCAAGUACACUCCAAGAAAGAGCGAGGAUUAAGAGAGAGUGGAGUGAGCACAGGCAGCAAUUUACCGCGCAGUCCAAGGGACUCAAACUCAGUCUAAGCCUGAGUAUUGGCGUAGGAGGACUGGCACGCAUGCUUGGGUAACAGUUGGCGAGGCAUAGGGUGGGGUGCAGCUUGGAGGCUUUCAGAGCAGUCGAAAUCACUGUUGAACUGUUUGUGGUCUUGAUUCUUGAAUAGCAGCGGUAUGUUCGCCUGGCCAAAGAUUGAGGGCUCCGAAUACCUUUAG